AUGGUGUCCCCCUCCCAAAGGAUUCUGGUCACCGGUGGUGCCGGUUUCAUAGGCACCCACACCGUCGUUCAACUCCUCAAUGGAGGCUUCACUGUUUCAAUAAUCGACAAUUUCGACAAUUCCGUCAUGGAAGCGGUCGACCGGGUACGUGAAGUUGUGGGUCCUCAUCUGUCACAGAACCUAGAGUUCACCCAGGUCUGCACUUUCUCUCUCUUCCUUUUUCACUUCACUUUCCAUAUCGCAAAUUCACUCCUCUUCUUAUGGCAGGGCGAUCUCAGGAAUAGGGAUGACUUGGAGAGACUCUUUUCUAGAACAACAUUCGAUGCUGUAAUCCACUUUGCUGGCCUGAAGGCAGUUGCGGAAAGCGUGGCGAAGCCGCGUCGCUAUUUUGAUUUCAAUUUGGUCGGCACCAUCAAUCUCUACGAAGUCAUGGCCAAGUAUAACUGUAAAAAGAUGGUUUUUUCAUCAUCUGCUACCGUUUAUGGCCAACCUGAAAAGAUACCAUGUGAGGAGGAUUUCAAGUUGCAAGCUAUGAAUCCCUAUGGACGGACCAAGCUUUUCCUUGAAGAAAUUGCCCGAGAUAUUCAGAAAGCUGAGCCAGAAUGGAAGAUCAUAUUACUGAGAUACUUCAAUCCAGUUGGGGCUCAUGAAAGUGGUAAACUCGGUGAAGAUCCCAAGGGCAUCCCGAAUAAUCUCAUGCCUUACAUUCAGCAAGUAGCUGUUGGAAGGUUGCCUGAACUCAAUGUAUACGGUCAUGAUUAUCCAACAAGGGAUGGCUCUGCGAUCCGGGACUAUAUCCAUGUGAUGGACUUGGCUGAUGGUCAUAUUGCUGCAUUGAGAAAACUCUUCACAUCGGAGAACAUAGGUUGUACUGCUUAUAACCUGGGAACUGGUCGUGGAACAUCUGUGCUUGAAAUGGUUGCAGCAUUUGAAAAGGUUUCUGGCAAGAAAAUUCCAGUAAAACUAUGUCCAAGAAGACCAGGAGAUGCUACGGAGGUUUAUGCAUCUACGCAGAGGGCUGAGAAAGAACUUGGUUGGAAGGCAAAAUAUGGUGUGGAGGAGAUGUGCAUGGACCAGUGGAAUUGGGCAAAGAACAAUCCCUGGGGUUACACGGGGAAGCCUUGA